AUGUCUAAAUUAGCACCGGUUUAUGACGAAUUUAUGGGAUUGCUGGACAAUGCAGCCUUUGUUACAGUGGAUUGCGAACUGAGCGGUUUAACGGAAGAUAAAGCCGGUAUUACUACUAUACCCGAUUAUCUGCUCCUUUUGCGUGAUGGUGUUACAACGUAUUCCCUCUUACAAGUGGGAUUCUGCAUAGCGGUCUACGAGAAGCAUGAACAGAAGGAUAAAUGGGCACUUUACCCCUACAAUUUCUAUGUCUACCCUAACGAGGACUGUAUUAUGCACUUGCGAAGUACCACUAUUAAAUGGCUAAAAGAUCAUGGGUUUGACUUCAUGAAAUGGAUCGAAGAGGGGUUGCCAUACCAAAGACUAGAUGAAGCUAAUCGCAGGUUAAGAAGAACAAAACGGCAAAAAUCAGUAAGCCGUUGGGGUCUACAACGUUUAGUGAAGGCUGUUGUCGAAUCAAGGAAACCUGUAGUAGUCCAUAACGGGCUAUUAGAUCUUUUCCAUGUGUGUGACAAAUUUAUUGCCGCAUUGCCAGAAGAACCACAGGAGAUUAUUAGAAUGAUCUAUGAAAAAUUGGGACCGGCAAUUUAUGAUACAAAAGUUGUUGCACGCUAUCUUCAAGAAAGUGGGUUACAUGAUAUGAAAGGAUUAUUCUCUCUUAAUUGGCUAUAUCAAAGCUAUGAUAAGAGAUUCAAGUUCUAUCGUUCAACACGGAUAAUUGAAACAGCAUGUAAACUUGAGUAUAAAGCGGCCGCAUCAGGAGCAACCGAUGGAGAAGAAGAGAGUUUUACAAAAAUUGACCUUAAUAGGUUACAUGAAGCUGGAUUCGAUGCCACUGUAACUGCUAUGGUGUUUACUGCCGAAAUGAUACUACUUCAAAAGGUGGAAAACAUAUCAAAGCAGCAGAUGCCAAAGGAUUCCAAAGAAUAUGCGACCUUUAUAACCAAUAACUUUAAACAAGUUAUCAACCGGGUAAACAUCCAUGACCAAUUGGGGACGGAGUUUCUGGACUUCGAUCGUGUAGAAGUAGAAACAUAA